CCGGGAUGGGUCUGGCAUCGAACGGCUCCGGCCUUUCAAGGGCAGCUGGAGUCCCCCGUGUGACGUCCGGAGUUCGCUGGGGUCUCUCUGGGUGGAAGGACUUUGCAUCGCAAUGGCGGCUCCAUAAACCCUCGUGGCUUCCGCGCCCGGGGAAGACAUCCAAGGGCCUCAGAGCUCUGCUGGGCCCACGCUGCCACCCCAGAGAGGCCCCCUUCCGUUCCGGAGCCGAGUGUAGGCCCGAACGGCGCAGUCUCCGGGCCCUUUCGCACCGGGAACCGUUUCCGGGGCGGAUGCUUUUUGCAUCUGACCCGGCGCACUGGUGACGCGAAGGCCCAGACGGAAGUGCGGGUGGAGGAUCCCGAGCCGGAUCCCGAACCUGAGCCCGACCCCGGAGCAGGUCUCGGGGGCUCCGGGCAGUGGGGACGGCCGGGCCUGGCAGCAAUGGCGACUCUGUGGGGAGGCCUCCUUCGGCUCGGCUCCCUGCUCAGCCUGUCGUGCCUGGCGCUCUCCGUGCUGCUGCUGGUGCAGCUGUCAGACGCCGCCAAGAAUUUCGAGGAUGUCCGAUGUAAAUGUAUCUGUCCUCCCUAUAAGGAAAAUUCUGGGCAUAUUUAUAAUAAGAACAUAUCCCAGAAAGAUUGCGAUUGCCUUCAUGUUGUGGAUCCCAUGCCUGUGCGGGGGCCUGACGUAGAAGCAUAUUGUCUACGCUGUGAAUGCAAAUAUGAGGAAAGAAGCUCCGUCACAAUCAAGGUUACCAUUAUAAUUUAUCUCUCUAUUUUGGGCCUUCUACUUCUAUACAUGGUAUAUCUUACUCUGGUUGAGCCCAUACUGAAGAGGCGCCUCUUUGGACACUCACAGUUGAUACAGAGUGAUGACGAUGUUGGGGAUCACCAGCCUUUUGCAAAUGCCCAUGAUGUGCUGGCCCGCUCCCGCAGUCGAGCCAAUGUACUAAACAAGGUAGAAUAUGCCCAGCAGCGCUGGAAGCUUCAAGUUCAAGAGCAGCGAAAAUCUGUCUUUGACCGACAUGUUGUCCUCAGCUAAUUGGGGAUCAAAUUCAAGGUGGCUAGAAAGAAACAAGGCAGACAACUGGAAAAAAUUGACUUGAGUUUUCCUGGAUUUUAUUUUAAUACCCUGUUGAUUUCAAACUGGAAGAUUCAAAACUGGAAGCAAAAACAUGCUUGAUGUUUUUUUCUUGUUAACAUAUUAAUAGAGACAUUUUUAAAAGCACACAUCUCAAAGUCAGCCAGUAAACCUUUUCCUAUUUGUGACUUUUACUAGUAAAAAUAAAUCUGCCUGUAAAUUAUCUUGAAGUCCUUUACCUGGAACAAGCACUCUCUUUUUCACCACAGUUUUAACUUGAUUUUCAAGAUAAUUUUCAGGUGUUUUUGUUUUUCGGUGGGAGAGGGGAGGGAUUCCUGGGAAGUGCUUAACAACUUUUUUCAAGUCACUUUACUAAACAAACAUUUGUAAAUAGACCUUACUCUAUUUUCAAGUUUUGUUUUAUCUUCUGCAAUAUAGCCAGCCUCAUCAAAGUGCUGACUACCCAUUUGACUUUUGCACUGACUAUAUUGUCUAGGUAUCUGGUUGGCCCGUGGCUGCACUUCAUGGUAAACUGGAUCUGAAAUGCCUGAUGGCUCCUAACAAAUGCAGAUUUUCUUCAUGUACUGUGAUGUCUGAUGCAACGCAUCCUAGAACAAACUGGCCAUUUGCUAGUUUACUCUAAUGACUAAACAUAGUCUUGGUGUGUGUGGUCUUUCUCAUCUUCUAGUAUCUUCAAGGACAAAUCCUAUGGACUUGGACACUGGCAAUAAGGAAAUUUUCUUUUAAACCCAAGCCUCCCUGGAUUGAUAAUAUACACAUAUUUGUCAGCAUUUCCGGUCGGUCAUGUUGAGAGGCAGCUGUUUGAACUCUUGUGUGUGCAGCUUUGAACUAGGACUAGGGUUCUGGGUGCCUCUCUCUGAAAGGUAUAACAGUUAUUGGAUAACUGGCCUUUUCCUUCCUAUGUCUUCUUUGGAAUGUAACAAUAAAAAUAAUUUUUGAAACAUCUAUUAGUGUAUCUAUGUUUCCCAGCCUUUUUCUCCUCUCACUUUUGCUGUACGAUGAGCUCGAAGAUACAUUUUGAACCCU